AUGGAGCUACAAAAAACGAUGCCACUAUAUUGUCAUGUGCAUUCCACGUUUUUUCCGCGAUACGGUUGGGUGCUUGGUCGACCGCGGAGUGAACAGGAAGUCGCUGAUCUUUAUGCCAAUACUCCACCUCCACAGCAUUUUCUUGCCAUGGUCGAAGCGCUGGGAAUGAAUGAAGCGUUGAUGCAAUAUUUCCAAGAAGGCGACAAUGACAGCGAACAGCUGAUUGGAGGAGAUGAGAAAUUUUAA